UUGCGGACGAGCUGGACUGAAGGGUCUGUUUCCGUGCUGUAUCUCUCUAUGACUCUAUUACCUGCUUUUGGGGCAGUUGCAGCCAGAUGAGGUAGAGAGUAAUACUUUUCCAGCAGAGUAACAGUCUCGCCUGCAGCUGACCCUGGGACUCUGAGCGAAUCACCACCAUCGCAACCGAACUGGCCUUGGUGUGUGGAAAAUUUGACACAGGAAUAUUUGCUGCAAAUUGUUUUGUGAUGUCUGUUGGGAAUUCUGGUGAAGGGGCCUCUGCCUGUAUACUGUCUGUGAUAUUCACUGUGAUAGUGACGGGAGGCUGAGGUAGGGCCAGCAAAACGAUGCUUAGAUCUCAGUAACGUCCACUGCGUGGGAUCCCAGAGUGAAAGCGCACACUGUGGGAGCCUCUGGUCUGACAAUGUUUCUGUGUUUGAUUGUGGGAGAUGAGACCUUGGCACUUACAUCUUACUGUUGCAGCUGAGUGUCUGGCUAGGCACCAGAAAAAGGCUGGCACCUUCUUGGAGGACUGCAAUCACACCCAGACAGAAAAACAGCAGUUUUCCUCCCUUUGCAAGGACGGACCUGCAUUUAUCUAGGGCCUUUUGGGAUGUUAGCAUAUCCCAAAAAGCCCUAUAUAAAUACAGGUCCGUCCUCGCAAAGGAAGGAAAGGUAUGUUAGCAUAUCCCAAAAGAGAUCUGCAGUUUUUGGAGUGUGUUCACUAUUGUACUGAAAGGAACCAGUGAUACACAGCAAGAUCCCACAAAGUGCAGUGUGAUGCUGAGCAGAUUGUUUUAUGGCUGAGCUUGGCUGAAGUUAAAAUGUUGACCAGAACAUGAGGGAUAACAUCCCAACAGCUCUUCCAUCAGCUGGGGUGGAAAAGCAACAGGAGGAGGCCAUUCAGCUUCCCCCACUCAGGGCCCAGGUUCAGGGUCCCUCCUACUCCGAGUUCAGUCCCUGCCCCCUCCCCGCUGUGUUCACUCCCUGCGGCCCCCACCACCCCCUCCCGAUCUCAGUCCCUAGCCCCACUUCGAGCUCAGUCCCUGGCCACACCCUGAGAGCUCAUUCCCUGCCUGCCCCCCCAGCUCAGUCCCUGGCCACGCCCUAGACUCAGUCCCUGCACCCACCACUUUCCCUGGCCCCACUGCGAGCUCACUCCCUGGCCCCACCAUGAACUCAGUUCUUGCUCCCCUCCGAGUUCAGUCCCUCACCCCCAAAGCUCAGUCUCUGCUCCCUUUCCCCCCAGAGCUUAGUCCCUGCCCCCUCCCCCUGAGCUCAGUCUCUGCUGCCCCUGAGUUUAGUCUGUGCCUUCUGAGAGAACAGGGUUAUUGCAAGAGCCGAUUCAGCCCCUCUUACACCUGUUACCCAGGAACAGGAGGAGGCCAGCCUACAGCUGAUCAUGUGUUAAUGUUAGUCUGAGCAGUUUCCCUUUAUUCAUGUCACUGUUUCCUUUUAUCACUCGAAAAACUUUGAUUAAAUUACCUCAUUCCUCAAAACUCAAACAUGUUCAUGUGACUGAUUCUUGUACUGUAACCAUUUCAACAGCUCCAACAUUGAUCAGGUGAAUUUGCGUUUUCAUCUAGAAGGACAAGGGCAACAGAUACAUGGGAACACCACCCCCUGCAAGUUCCUCUCCAAACCACUCACCAUCCUGACUUGGAAAUAUAUCGCUGUUCCUUCACUGUUGAUUUUGCACUGUACAGUAGCUGACUUGGAGCAAGAGCCAGUGUUUAGCGUGCAAUGCCUCAUCCGAGUGCUCCCCCGACUUAUGAAGAAUCAAUUAAUCCAUUGUACCCACCCUCGGGUGAGCCUGGACCCCACCCUGCCUACCCCCCUGGGGGAAAUGCCCCUUACCCCCCUGGGGGAAAUGCCCCUUACCCCCCUGGGGGAAAUGCUCCUUACCCCCCUGGGGGAAAUGUCCCUUAUCUGCCUGGGGGAAACUCUGCCUUCCCAUCAAUGUUCCCUCAUUCAGGAAAUCCGAUGGGACCUCCAGUGAUGCCAACAAUCCCACUGAACCCUGCCUGGCCAGGAGGGAACCCAGGUGCCUAUGGCAGCUCUGGGGCAGGGGCAGAACCAGAACCAGAACAUGGUAACCAGGGAUUUACUGCUAGUUCCUGGGAUGAUCGGAAUGUUCGCCACACAUUCAUCCGAAAGGUUUACAUGAUCCUUACGGCUCAGUUGUUGGUAACUUUUGGGAUUGUCGCCAUCUUCACAUUCAGUGCUCCAGUGCAAGAGUUUGUACAAUAUAACUCCGCAGUUUACUGGGCGGCUUAGUAAGUAACACUUAUACAGAGCUCCAUCAAACCUAGUACAGUGACCAUUCGUUCCAUUAGCUCUGUGCUGAUCCUUCAUUUCAGCCCCCUUGGAGGUGGAGGUUAAGGCUGGGUUUGGGAGUGUGGGGUUGUUGGGGAGGUUGGGUGUCAGGGUGAGUGAGUCCCCACUCCCCGUGGGAGCAAGGCCCCCAUUCCUCCCCGACUCCCCAUUAGAGCGACUCCGUCAUUCUCCCCCCACUCACUGUGGGAGCGAG